AAGCCGGUACUGUUUUGCAAAACAUGGCGCUGCCUAGCGUAACGCUCGCUGCCCGAAUACGGGGCAGGUUACUUCGAAACGCAUCUUGCCUUCUGAAGACUCGGCACAGAAACGAUUUAGCAUUGGCGCGGUUCGGUUCGUCGACGUCGCAAGCUUCUUCGACACCCCGUUGGGACUUGGUCGGCGCUGUUGCCCUCGAGCGCAAGCCUGUCAUCGUGCCGGAGCUGAAUGCCCUGGAGAGGAAGUACCUCGAAAUUCUGCAUGCCUUAGAAGUGGAGGGGAGCCUACUCAGCGACCACGAGCUCCAGCUUCUCGAGGACAAAAAAAGGAGGGCCGACCCAGAGGAAGGAGUUGCCAUCACUGUCCAAACAGCGCAGGACAUCGAAGAUGAGUGGACCAGAAAGGCUAAGGAGUUCAAGCCCGCCCCAAGGCUGACUGAGGCCGACAGGAAGGGCGACACACGGACCACGCAUCGGUGCCUCGACCAGCCACUCCUGCUUGUUGUGAACCAGCAGUUGGGCAAGGGCCAUCGCUGGAUUCUGCCACAGGCAGUCCAUGCUCAUGGGGAAACCAUGCGACAGACGGCUGAACGUGCGCUGAUCGAUGUCUGCGGGCCCGCCCUAGAGGCCUUCUUUCUUGGAAAUGCGCCAUCAGGGUACUACAGUUACAACUAUCCACCUGAAUUCCAAAAGAAUGGUGUCCAAGGUGCCAAGGUAUUCUUCUUCAAGGCACAACUCAGAAAUGGCACCUUGUCUGUUGGCGAUUUGAAGAAGCUAACAAAGGCAGAUGACUUUGCGUGGCUUACGUACAAGGAGCUCUGUUCGAAAAUGCUCCCAAGGUACUGCAAGGCAGUGCGGUCCUUUAUUAUGGCGCCCGAUGAAACUCCAUAUCAACACCUGCUCGACAGGGCACUCUCUUCGGUCACGUGGCAAAAAUCGAGCAUCACACCAGAAAUACCACGUGAGGACAAAGCUGCGGUAGAAGUUGGAAAAAGCUAAGGAACGUGUUUUACAAUAAAGUUGAAUUUACUGUAGCCAAUCAGU